AUGGCAGAGAAACAAGAAUUUUAUAAAUUGAUUAACGAUAAGACCAAAGUGCCUCGUUUAACUCCUGUGCCUCAAAUCGAUCAUUUGAAUAAUAUAAAAUUAGAGAGGGAUCCACUUAAAAAAUUUCGUAAUCAAGCAAUGAAAUUUGUAAGACCCAAACCACCACAAACAAAAUUAUCAGAUAAAUGGAGAAGUAGCGUUCAUCGCAUUUCAAAAACAUUCUACACCGAAGAGCUCAUUAAAUUGGCAAAGACCAUUCCAGUUCAAGGCCUUUCACCAGAAAACGAUAAGCUUGAAGUAGAACCAAGUAUCGAGAAUAUUCAGGCUGAAUGUCAUCGGAUCAUCGAUAAUAUAACAGAUAUAGCACAAGAUCUUGUCCCUUUUGGGGAAUGGUUAAAGAUGAGCGAGGAAGCGAAAUACAUUAAAGUGCGUUUACCAGAAUGGUUUUUGAAUAAGGCGCACGACGAUUUGCAGCAAGUGCUCAGAGAUAAUUUUAAAUCAUUAUCAGAACAUUAUAAUUUCGUUAAAGAACUUAUAAGGAAUCACCAAGAACUGAAUCGUUCGAUCUGCAUGGAAUUUGAAAAUCUUGAAAGCCGAGCUCUUACAAUUCCAGACGAUACAAAGUCUUUGUUUGAGCUCACCGAUUAUGUGUCUUACGCCUCAAAGGUUCUGGUUAAAGAAUUAGAGAUCAAGAUUCAAAGAUCCGUCAACAUGCUGAGUUCCUUACUGCAAACAGCUGUACUAUCCAACGAGCACAUGGAGCUGAAUAAGGAACUGAGGCUUUCCUUCACACGAUUGUUCUUCCUAUCGGAGAACGAAAUUAUGAAACUUGUAUUUGAACAUGAAGAAACUCGGAUAGAGAACGCACAUUACAUAAAGAAAGUCUUUCCUAAUAUAAACAAUCUAAAAACAGAUGAAGAAUUUAAUAUUCUUUCGAUAAUCGGCGACGGUGGUGAGGAAAUAAAAUUAGAGAAAAUAAUUUCCAUUUUACCGAAAACUAACUCUGUCACGGAUUGGCUAAUAUGUUUAAAUAAUGAGAUUGCAAAUAUAAUAAAAGGCAGGAUCGAUGAUAAUCUAAGGACAUUCGACUCUAAUGAAAUAUCUCUCAAAUGGAUUGCAAACACACCUAGUAUGGUGAUUCUCUGUGUUCAGCAAAUUAUUUGGACCUCUCAAAUCCACAGCGCUUUUUUGUUUAAUAAUUUAGAAUCGCUGAAAAUUUGUCGUGACAGGCUGAAAGGGCAAAGGGAAAAUUUGCAACGAUUCUUAAAGCUCAGCUUAAUUAGAAAGGAUCGAGAAAUUGUAGCGUCAUUGAUAGUGCUCCUCAUUCAUCAAGAAGAUGUGACGAAUUUACUGAUUGAAAAGAAGAUACACGAGGACACCGACUUCGACUGGAAAUGUCAAAUUCGUUAUUAUUAUCAAGAGGAGCGAGUUAAGGUCAUUAUUAUCAAUACCUGCAUUAAAUAUGCAUACGAAUAUCAUAGCAGCAGCCAGCGAAUAAUAGUUAAUACGCCAUUGACCGAACGAUGCUAUAGAAACUUGAUGGAGGCGUAUUAUCAGAAUUACUUCGGGGCAAUCGUUGGCUUCUCGUCUGUCGGAAAAACUGAAACAAUGAAAAAUUUGUCAAGAACGUUAGCCGUACCUUUCUUCAUGUUUAGCGGAGAAGAUAGACAAGAUUAUAACAGCAUUGGUAAGAUAUUCAAGGGCUUAGUGACAAUGGAAGCAUGGGUUUACUUUAAAAAUUUUAGAAGAAUAAAAGAGGAAAUUCUCUCUGUUAUCGCACAAUACAUCUUUCGCAUCUCCCAAUCAAAGAGCAUGAAUUCUAAUAUUAUAAAUAUUCACGGGACUCAGCUUAGCUUCAAUCCUAACUGCUACAUUAGCUUCAGCUUCAACCCGUCGUUACCCAACUUGUCGAACUUGCCGGAUAAUUUGAGACUACAUUUUAGAACGGUGUGCUUAGUGAAUCCAGAUUUAGAGAAAAUUUGUCAAGUUGAACUGUUCGCAGCAGGAUUCGUCGACGCGAAGAAUUUGGCAAACUCGUUAACGGAAGUCUACAGCCUCUGCAACGAACAAAUGUCUUCCGAUAAAAAGUACAAUUUAAAAUUAAGAAACGUUAAAGCCGUAAUUAGAGCAGCUUCGAAACUGAAGCUCACCUAUCCGGAUGAAGAUGAGGGAGCUUUGCUUCUUCGCUCCUUACUUGAUUUAAAUACGUCACAAUUCGAUGGAAACGACAUUGUUAUAUUUCAAAGAGAGGCUUUUAGCGGAAAAUCAACAGUAUUGAAUAUCCUUAGGGAAGCUUUAUUACUCCUACAAGAGAAUGACAAUCAGGAUGAAAGUUUUAGUAUAAUACACGAGAUUAUUAGUCCCGGGGCCUUGACUAUCGACAGAUUAUACGGCUUUGUCGAUACGUCGACAGCAAAGUGGAACGAUGGCAAAACUGAGAAAGAUAAGAAUACGAAAGUUCAUAUUGAAAUAUGGUCGCAAGCAGCAGCCGUUAUGGCUACAAAUUGGAUAUUCACGGGAAUCUUAGAUAGCGAAUCUCGAGAGAAAUUCGAAGCAUUUUACAUAAGUUUGUGGGACAAUUCCGACAAUGAUUAUCCCCGUCCAAGCGAGAUGAAACAAUUUGAGCUGCAUUUGCCUACGGAAGGCAGUAUACGAGAUAAUAUUUACAUAUUUAAGGGAAUUGGGAAUUGGAAGUACUGCCAGUUGAAAAAAAAUGCUUUCGCCCCAGACGUUUUGAGCAGCGUGAGCAGCAUCGCUAACGCCAUGGCCGAAUUGUACGUCGACGUUGUGGAAAAUUUAAGGCCAACACCAUUAAAAAUACUCUAUCGCUUCUCCUUGCACGACAUAUGUCGAAUAAUCAAAGGGUGCGGCUUAAUUGCGAAAGAAUCGAUGGAAACAAAGAUAGCUUUUAUUCGCCUGUGGGUGCACGAAACCUUACGGGUAUUAGGCGAUAGAAUUACAAACGACGAGGACAAUCAGUGGUUAUUUUCUAAAGUUCGCGAAACUGUCGGAUCGUGCUUCAAAGAGCCAUUCGAGACGGUCUUCGAGCAUCUUCCAAAAUAUGAUAAUAACGAAUUGACUAAGGAGAGCUUUAGGGACCUUGCGUUUGGCAACUUUAUGGAUAAUGAAAAGCAAAAGAGAAAAUAUGAAGAAAUCAAUUCGAUCGAAAGCUUAAAGCAUAAAGUUCUGCAAUACUUUAGGGAAUAUAAUGAAAUUCAUGAGAGGAAAAUAGAUGUGGUUAUUACCUGUCAUGCGAUGCAGCAUUUAGUAAGGAUAUGUCGUAUUUUGGCGACACCGGGAGGAAAUUUAUUAAUGAUUAGCCCGAGCGGCUCUGGUAGAAAAUCUCUCGCUCGUUUAGCCGCUCACAUUCAGCAACAAUUAUUAUUCGAGCCCAUUACGGAUAGGCGUUACAACAACGAAUCCACCUGGAAAAGGGAUAUAAAGUCAAUAAUGAUCGAAUGCGGAAGAUCGAAGAAGGACUAUACGAUUUUAGUGAGUGAUCGGCAAGCGAGCUCGGAAUUCAUACAGGAUAUUAAUAAUUUCCUUAGCUUUGGCGAAAUGUCUGAAUUAUUUUCAGACGACGAGCAACGGGAUAUUAUUAAACUAGCCCGCCUCGAUGCCCAAGAAGGCCAAAGAAACUUGGAAUUAAAUAUGUCGAUCGUUUUGACAUAUUUUCUUCGCGAAUGUAAAAGCAGAAUGCACUUCCUUAUUAAUAUAAGCCCUAUUGGGAAAACCUUAUGCAAUUAUUUACGUAAAUAUCCCAAGAUAAUAGACCAAUGUAGUAUCGAUUGGCACGAUUGGCCGGAAGCUGCUUACGAAGAAGUGGCCACACAUUAUUUAAAAGAUUCGAAUAUACAAGAGUCGAUAAGAAAUCGAGUUAUUGUAGCUAAUAAGCGUAUUUACGAUAGUGCAAGGCAACUUAGCAUUCAAUAUUACGAAAGGACGGGAAAUUUGUUCUACGUGUCGCACUCGGGCUUCGUAAGAGCCCUGAAAAUUUACGCGAAUAUUCUCGCCAAAAAGCAGAACGAAAUUAAAAAAACGAGAAAACGCUAUUUAACUGGGCUGGAUAAGCUGAACUUGGCCGCUCGUGAAAUUCUACGAAUGAAGAGUGAACUGAGUAAGCUGAGGCCGCAAUUGGAAGCGUCGGCGCGGCAAACUGACAUUACGAUGAGGGAAAUUGAAAUUGAAAAUAUUGCCAUCGAAAAAGCCGCUGUGCUCGUCAAACGCGACGAAGAGACGGCCAAUAAAAAGGCCGAAUUUGCUAAUAUAUUGAAAGCCGAAUGCGAGUCGGAACUUGCAGUGGCGAUUCCAAUUCUCGAAGAUGCUCUCGAAGCUUUAAACAUCUUGAAGCCAGCUGACAUUACAUUAGUCAAAUCAAUGAAAAAUCCACCGGACACCGUUAAGCUCGUAAUGGCCGCGGUAUGCGUCAUGUUAAACAUACCCUCCGAAAGAAUCGUAGAUCCAGUCACUGGUAAAAAGAGUACGGACUAUUGGGGCCCGAGUAAACGCUUAUUAGGCGAUAUGAAUUUUUUGCAAAGCUUAAAGGAUUACGACAAGGACAAUAUUUCUCCGGGCAUUAUAGUGACGAUUAAAAAAAAUUACAUGUCGGACAAGAACUUUGUGUCUCACAUCGUCGCCAAGGCCUCGAGCGCAGCCGAGGGUCUUUGUAAAUGGGUUAGGGCUAUGAUUUCUUACGACACGGUGGCGAAAAUUGUCGCGCCCAAGAAGGAAAAGUUGGCUGCCGCUCAGCGGGAGUGCGACGAAAUCGACGCAUUUCUAAAUGCAAAGCGCAAAGCAUUGAUCGACUUAAAUGCGAAAUUGUCGGCUUUGAAUGAUACGCUUGAGGCGUCAAUCGCUAAGAGGCUGGAUUUGGAAAAAGAGAUAGACAGCUGUGCGAGAAAAUUAAAAAAAGCCGAAGAUUUAGUUUCGGGCUUAGGCACUGAAAGGUCUCGUUGGAUGGACUAUGCAAAUAAACUUGGAAAAUUAUUUGACACACUGGCUGGCGAUGUAUUAUUAUCCAGCGCCACGAUAACAUAUCUAUCCUCUCUCGAUCUUACAAAUCGCGAAAAACAUAUUGCCGAAUGGAAAGACCAUCUGAAGACACGUGACAUUCCCUUCUCCCAAGAAUACGAUUUCAUCGAUUUCUUAGAGACGGAGAAGCAGACCAGUACUUGGUAUUUAUCUGGCUUGCCCGAUAAUAAAUCUCUCAUACAAAAUGCCAUAAUUAUGAAAAAUUCUUUAUUAUGGUGUUUGUUCAUUGAUCCGGAAAAUCAAGCGAACGAAUGGAUAAAAAACAUGGAAGGGGUUAACGAUUUACAUAUUGUAAAGAUUACGGACGAUGGAUUUAUCGAUAAAAUACCUUUAUUGGACACCGAGCAAGUUACGGAACCAGAGUUCAAUGCUUUCGUGAAUAUCAAUGAAAAUCCAUCGACUAAAUACGAUAGUGAAAUUAUUCCUAAUCCGGCAUCUUCUUGGCUAGCUGAUAAAUCGUGGAGAGAACUUUUAAAAAUAAGCAGCUCCCUAAGCGUAUUUCAAAACUUGGCAAAUAGCUUUAGCAUCAACAACACAAGAUGGAGAAAGUAUUGCAAUUCGUUGGAAUGCGAAGAUUGUCUCAUGCCAUCCCCUUGGGAUAAUAAACUGACGACGUUUCAAAAAUUAAUGCUCAUUAGGAUUUUACGCCCGGAUAAAAUAAUUGUUAAAAUAACGGAAUUUGUCGAGUCGGUAAUGGGACAAAAUAACGGCUCCUUCGUCUCCUGUAAUAUUAGCCGACCUUAUGGCGAAUCUAAUUGCCUUACGCCAAUAAUAUUAAUGUUGCCCAGCUACUCUUCACCUUUUGCGAUUGUUAAUAAGUUCGCUAAAGUCUUAGGAUAUUCGGCAAAGUUGCAUUCGCUCUCGAUGGGUCCGUCACAAGGACAAAAGGCAGAAAUACUUAUUGAAAUAGCCCGUCAGAAAGGCGAAUGGGUGUUUUUGCAUAAUUGUCAUUUAGAAUUGCCAUGGAUGAUGAAACUUGAAAAAGUAUUUGAAGAAUUUGAUGUAUCAAAUACAUCUUUGGACUUUCGACUGUGGAUAAGUACUUAUUCGCAUAAGGAAUUUCCAUUAAGCAUUUUACAGAAUAGUAUUAAAGUUGCCUUCGACUCCCCAUGUGAGAUAAAACAAACAUUAACUUGGGCGUAUAAAUCGGAGCUUGUUAAGGAUAAAGAAUUUUUCGAAGGCUGUCCGGGAAAGGAUAGGGCAUUUUCUAAAUUGCUUUAUGGAUUUUGUCUCUUUCAUGCUGUUAUUCGAGAAAGAAAACAUUUUGCCUCCCAAAGCUGGAAUUUCGAUUAUGACUUUGACGAAUCAGAUUUACAAAUAUCGAUCAUUCAACUGAAGAAUUGGAUCAAUCAGUAUGAUAAAGUUCCUUUUAAAGCCUUAAUUUAUCUCUUAGGCGAAUGUUACUACGGUGGUAAAAUCAUUGAUACUCAAGAUAAGAUUUAUGUCGAUAAUCUAAUUGUGGAUUAUUGUAACUACAAAAUAAUAAGUGACGUCAACUAUGACUUUGACACCGUUGAUGCAUACAGAGCACCAAAGAGAAUUGAAUACAAAGAGCAUUUGAAGCAUAUUAGAAAUAGCAUUCCUAAUCAUACCUCGCCUCAAGAUUUUUCUCUCGAUAAGAAUGCAGACUUGAUAAGAAAUAGUAAUAAAGCUAAUGACUUUGUAAAUUCAUUAUCGUAUUUAAAUGAAACAAUUGUCGUUCAUGAUAUUGAAAUUAAAAAUAAUCGAGUGAAGCUCAUGGUUUUUAAAAUACUUGAAACGAUACCACAAGAUUUUGAUAUCAAAAGAGUGCAAGAGAAAUACAAGGUCUCGGAAUCGGAUCUACUAAAUUGUCUUUUAAUUGAAGAGAUAAGAUUGUAUAAUAAAUUCUUAAAUGUAAUGAGAGACUCGUUACUAGAACUCAACAAAGCUUAUAAUGGAUAUUUAAUUUGGACAGAUAAAAUGGAUGAAAUAUCGGAUGAAAUAUUCCUGGAUCUAGUCCCAAAGUCAUGGAAAAUGCAUAUUUCCCUGUGUACUAAAAAAUUACUAUCCAAGUUUAUAACAGAUUUAUUGCAGCGUAUAAAAUUUAUGAACAACUGGAUAGAUAACGGACACCCACGCUUUUACUGGUUCGGUGGAUUGAUGUCUUGUAAAAUGCUUCUGUCAACAAUUAAGACUAUGUUUGCUAGAGAUAAACGUGUGCCCGUUGAUCAAGUUACUUUUCAAUUCAAUGUAUUAGAAAUGAAAUAUCCCUCCGAUGAUAUUUGUGUACCUGAAAAUUGUAUUUAUGUAUAUGGUCUAUACUUAAUAGGAGCAAAAUGGAACGAACAAAGUAAAACAUUAAGCGAUUCAAAACUAAAAACUUUUUAUAAUGAUAUGCCAAUCGUCUCUUUUGAAUUAACACUAAAGAAAACUAUGAAUCUCACAAACAUUUAUAAAUGCCCUCUAUACGUAACACCAAAUCUGCAUAAUAGUUAUUGCAAUUCUGAAAAUCUAUUGGAUAACUAUAUAUUGUCAGUUAAUCUAAAAUCGAAUGUUAAUCCAAAAAUAUGGAUUAAACGCGGCACUGCAUUAUAUUGUCAAGCUGAAUAA